AUGUCGGCGGGCCCAGCCCUGGAGGCGUCCUCAUCCAUCGACAACGGCCAUGCGGGGCUGCACAAGGUGUCCAGCUCAAUCACCAUGGGCUCGCAUGAUGAGAACCAGGAGUUUGCGUCUCCCAGGGAGGAAGCAGACUACUAUCGUGACAAGUACAACGAGGUCUUCAAUGGCUUGACAGAACUGCAAGAGGAACUUGAUUCCUUUACGGCGUCGUCAAAGGAGCUGGAGAAUGAACUGGAGGAUGAGCUACAGCAUACCGAAGCCCGGGAACAGGACCUCAAAGGCCGCCUCGCCGUUGCUGAAGGCGAAAGAGACGACUGGAAGACCAAGUAUCUCGAUUUACAGAAGAGGCACAACCUCGAAAUGGAUAGACAGCAGGGCACGAUAGACAACCUCACCGCCGAGGGGAUUAAAGCGAGGGCCGCCUAUCGCGACCUCGAAAAUGGAAACGACCAGCUGGAGCGCAACGAACGCGUUGCAACUUCGUCUUUGCUUGAUCUGGAGUCAAAGUACAACCGCGUCAUUGAAGAGAAGACGGUCCUGGAGCAGGAAAUUGUCCAAAAGCAAGAGGUGGAGGAGGAAUGCCAGCGUCUCAAGGACGAUGUGCGAGACGCCAACAACGAGAUUGCGAUUCUUCGUGACCAGCUCGCUCGUAUGGUUGUGCCGACGCCCCCGUCGUCCACUGCCCCGAUGUCGCCUGUGCCAGAGCGAGUGUCGCACUCUCGAACCGGCUCUCGUUCCGAUGCGGCCUCACCUACACCGACCGAUAGGUCAGCGACAACUGAGCGCUCGGUGCGAUCGGCAGCUGGAGAGCGCAGCGACCGGUCCACGACUGUCACUCCGUCCAAUGUCCGCCCAAGAGGCCAAGUUCCUGGUUCCCCUCGGGUUCCCAGCCGCUCUGCGCUCCCCCCACUGUCCCCUUCGGCCAAACGGUCCAAUGUGUCGUCUCCUUCUAGCAUCCCCGCGCUCUCGCGGUCGACCACGACGCGUAACCUUACACAGCCGACAGUGUCGUCGGCACGCCGUGCUGCCGGCUACAACCCCUCGCCGACCACUCGUGCCAGCCAACAUCAGAUGACCAAGAACAAGGCUUCCAAGCUCCUUCACGAUCUCCAGGCUCGUAUCAAGACCACAGACGACAAGAUCGGCAAGAUGGUCAAGAAGGCACCCGCCCAGCUUGCACGCCGACAGCCCACGACAUCAAACGCCUCCACCACUUCGGCUGCUGCCGCGUCGGCGACUGCUGCUUCUUCCUUGUCCGCCAGCACGAUUGGGCGACCCCGCGCGGCCACCACGCUGGCCAUGACUAUGGCGACUCCCCGUCCAGCUUCUCACGCCGAAGACUCUGAUGUUGGUUUCCUGUCCCCCACCUCUUGGGUUCUCCUUUCUGAGCCAGAGGACACUCCAAUUGCUGCCCAACUCGCGCGUCCAGCACACAAUCGCGAGGAGCCACCUUCGCCUUCCCGCACUGCCACACAACGUUCCCGUGGUCUCCCAACACGCCCGUCUAUCCCGUCUCCCUUGGUCCGCGAGACCAAGGCCCGGGCCGGUCUGUCACAGUCGGUCCGCGGUGAGCGCCCUCCACCACUUUCCUCAUCAAUCGCUCGUCCCCCGUCGCGUACCCACACCCACGUCCGCACAGUGUCGCGGUCGGGCGCAAUGUCGCCGUCCAUCACGGCCCACGUCCGUCGCACCAGCGUCAGUACUAAUGGCGACUUCUCCUCGCCACCUGCCUCCGCCUCGACUUUCCGCAGUAGCUCGUCGCGCCCUUCCUCACGUAACUCGUCCCGUGCUGACGAGCGCCCAACGGCUCGUGGUGCGUUCAUUGGCGCCGUCGGCGCUGGACCUCUUCGAACCAACCGCCCCAGUCACAAGAGUCACGGUAGCCACAGCGGGACCAUGAUGGGCAACACCACUCCAAACAAGGCGUUGACCACUGCCGCAAGGCGACCUGCUCGUCGCAGCUCCAUGGGAGUCGUCGAGACCGGCCAGCCGCCAACAGGUAUCCCCGCACCCAGGACGAGCGUGAGCAGCUCUAUCGCCCGACCAACCAGCUUGCACACGCCGCCACCACCCGUCCCGCGUAUCCCGAGCCAGGUACUGCGUGAGAGCAAGAGCAGGCAGGAGAGUCAGCGCCCGAGGAGCCCUCCUUGUACCCUUCCUCUGUAA